UCAUCAGCAGAAAAAAAGACGUCUUGGCCGCUUGCCCAACUUGGCUCAUUGUAAUCGAGGCAUGAGCGUGGACUCCAGGCAGCCCUCUCUGCCGCCUCGGCUGCCUUGCUCCUGGACUCAGCCCAGCUCUCACCGCUGACAUGGAAAGACCCACCACCAGUGACAUGAUGCCCAAGAGGGAUAACGAGAGGGACGUGGAGCUGGACAAGAAGAUCCAGGCUCUCCGCAGGAAGAAUGAAGCACUCAUGAAGAGGUACAAGGAGGUGGAGGAGGACAAGAAAAGGGCAGAGGAGGAAGGAAUGGCACUGCAGAGCCGCAAGGGAAAAGCCGAUGACCUUACCAUCACAAUCAGCAAGUCCACCAGUGACAGCCGUGUGGUGGUGACGAAGCCAUUCAGCAGCGGUUCGCCAGCUGGGAAAGUAGAACAGGAGGCUGGGCCCGUCAGAGUCGGAGAGGGCCCGUCACAGGGCGCCGGACGUGGUCACAGGAAGCAGUUAACGGUCACCAUGGAAGGCAAAAAGGGUAAGAGGGUGGUGAGCGAGAAGCCAGAGAGGAGGCUGGGCUCCGCAGAUGUCAAGAGCCCUACAGAUGACGGACAGGCGAGGCGUGUGGAGUCAGCUGGGAGGGGAAAGCAUCCCCCUCACACGACCAAGAGAAACACAGCAGCAGCAGCAGCACAGGGUGACGAGGUGAAACAGGGCCAGAGGGACACGGAGGAGCACCACAGGCUUCCGGAGCAAAGCACGGAGCCCGAGAGCCCACAUGGCUCCACUGACCUCGACAUCCCAACACUGAGAGAGGAGCAGCAGGAGUAUCUGAAGUGGAAGAGAGAGCGCGAGCAGAUUGACAAAGAGAGAGUGGCACGUCAUAAAAAUGCAAAGGGCCAGUGGAGGAGGGCGUGGGACAUGGACAAAUCUGAGAGCAUGUUUUCAGACAAAUCCCUGCCUGAUAGAGACUGGGGUCAUUGUAGCAGAGCUCAGCGAAAUACUAGGAGAGGACAACCCAAGGCAAACAUGGACCCAAGAGGUUUUGAGAAGCGAGGAAAAGACAAGGGAGCUAAAAAUGUGCGAGUGAUGAGCAGUAAGGCAAAAGGCAAGGACCGUCUGACGGGGAGGGCCAGGAGGUGGCAGGCAGGUGAGGAGGGAGAUGACCUACAGAUCUCCGAUACAACACUGGAGGAAUUCUUGGAGGAACUGGACGCUCUCACGGAUGCCGAAGCAGAAGAACUGAAAGCUCAGGAUGCGAAAGCGAAGCAGUCGCCCAGUGCAGACAUGCUGAGUACAUCUGAGGAAGUGAGUGGCUCCACAGCUCCUGGCACCGUGAGCGAGGACACCUCCACUCUGGAGUGGCAGGAGGCCUCGUCUCCUCGCAGCUCAGAGAAGAAAGUGCGUUUCUCAGAGGAGCUUGUUCAGGGAGCUCACAUGAGGCAAUCUGCAGGCUCUCAGGACUCAGAAUCAAGGAGUCAGAGCUCCUUAAAAGCUCCCUCACCUGUAAAGAACAAAGUGCAAGGGCCACAACAAGUGUUUGACAGCACCAGACAGGAUGACGGUACUCCUCAGGAUCAGGGAGGUGGUCCAUCUGCUGCUCCUGUUUCCCCACAGCAGGCGCCUGAAAGUGAAUGUAUGAAAAAAGACAGUGACCCCCCCGCAGCUCACACCUCCUCCCCUCCUGCUGAAAAAGCCAGUGCCUCUCCACGGGAGUUUCCUGUCCAGCCUGUAGAGCUCGCCAAGUGCAAUAUCAGCAACGCAAACACAGAGGAGUUAAUAGACUCCGGUCUGUCUGUGCUGAGUCUGGAGUCAGGAGAAACGCACCCGACACACUGUACCAGCAGUGACAAGGCAAGAGAGCACGGGAAGAUUGUUUGACUGACAUUUAUUUGGGACGGACUCACUGAAACCAAAGCGACAGCAGCAGCAGCAGCACAGGGCCGUGCCAACUUUCAUCCGGACGCUUCAUGUCGCUUCAGGUAGCUCUUUUCAGAUGUCGGAAGUUUUUAACGCUUACGCAAAAAAAAUCCACGGUUUCAAGUCACCAAACGUCACCCACACCUUAGGAGAGCCUUGUCCCGGCUUAAAUACGUUUAGACCCAAGCACUUUAUGCGUACUGACACUGACACAAUAAACGGGAUUAUAUUAGUAUGCUGUUUAAGUGCAAUAUCACUGAAUGUUUACACGUGUUAGGGCGAUUUCAAAGGAACAUAUCAGGAGGAGGCUAAUCUAACUUCAGUCAGUUUUAUCUAUAGUGCCUGAUUUCUGCCUUACCGUUAUUUUUUAAAUAAUGAAAUAAAUUCCAUGUUAUGGAAUAUAAGGUGAUACCGUAGCGACAGAGCUUUGUUAUAGAGUAGAGUCUGUGUUUUUAACGCUCACGUCUGUCAGUAGGAAGUAUUUGACGCUUCUGCUCCCAGCAUCAGUCAGUGUCCCCUUUCUAAGUAGAAAUCAAUACUUUAUCGAAGGGCACGUUUGAGAUUUACUGUCUUAUCGACCGCCGAAGGAAGACCGCGUGUGCGUUCCUCAAAAAAAUAUGACCCACAGUGUCCUUGGGAAAGGGAAACGGAGGCUGCUGUGUUCAUUCACCGAGCACAGUUUUCUCUUUGUGUUUCGUUUGACACUGUGCCUCUGUAGGAGCUUUGUCAAUUCUGAGAAAAGUAACCCCCAAUUAUGUCCUCUACUGUAUCUCACUUUUGAGAUUUCAAGCCUGUUGAUUACAAGUCAUCUUUACAAAGACAUGCUGUUUAAAUUGCCAUUAUGGGAAUUUUAGUGUUAGUGUUAGUUUUAGCAAAUUUAGACUGUUCUGUCUUUCCAAACGUCCCCCGGGAUAAUAUAAGUGCAGGUCUAAACUGGUAAAUCAAAUCUUAUUCUAAUGCUCUAUUAAUAACCUAAUCUUAAUUACUGUCUGUCUCUCGUUAGGUGAUCAAUAACGCAGUAAAUCUCAAACUUGCCCCGGCGACACAUUGCUAUUGUGUUUUCUUUGCAGCUGAAUCCCAGUUUUAACGUUUUUUUUAACGUGUAGUUUUUAUCAAGGCCGCGAUAUCAAAACAACUUGCGAGUUUAAUAAUAGUUUGGUCGUGUGUUGGAACAGACUUUUAUUUUCGUUUCUCUUCCCUGUGGGACAAACGGACUUGUUUUGCAGAACAUGCAUCAUCUCAUCCAUUUCCUGCAGGAUUUUUGUCCCUGAGUCAUUGAGGCUGGGAUUCAGCUGGAAGUGGCUCUCAAAGCCUAGUUUUAUCACAUUUGUUCUCUUCUCUCGUGACAAUGAAACGCAACUAAUCUUUGAAAAGGAAUCAAGUCUGCUGGUGUGCCUUGUACUCUGGCCUCUUCAAUACUGAAGGUCUGCCUUUAUUGGACAUUUUUGUAGUGUUAAAUGCACUGAACUAACAGUGCAGCAUCAGUAUUGUUAUUUAUUUGCCUGUCUGUCGGACAGGCGGAAUGUUACCUAGAAACGAUUUUGCAAAUCUAGACCUGUAUGUGUAUGUUUUCCAUGUUUUCUGUAUCUGAUAUGAAUGGAUUUGUUUUUAUUUAUUGCCAGUGGACUACUGUAUUUUUGGUAUCAAUGACAACUAUAACAAAAGAGAGUUUUGGCUUUUCUGAGCGCUACAGUAUAGUAAACAGUUAUGUAACAACAUAGUGAACAUGCUUUGAGCUGCGAGGCCCUGCCAAACUCGGCUAUGGUUACGUAAAAAAUACAAACAAUAUCUGGUAGAAACACACUGGGAAAAUGAAGACACCGGUCCAAACAUGCUGUCCGUGAGACAUAUUCUGUAUUAUAUAUGGAAUUUGAAUCAUUUGUGUAAAAAAUGGGUCAUAAAUGACUAAAAAAUGAAAGAGAUUCCCCAAGGGAUUCAAUGUAGUGAAAUCAUGUUAAUACAGACAAACCUUUGUGCACUUUGUGAAGCACUUUCAGACGUCUGCGUUAUGUCCACUGCUCUCCUCCAUGUUUCCACAUACACUUAUAACUUAAUAACGUGUGCAACGUAGCUUCAUUUACUCGAGAGGUAUUUGGAGAGAAAGAAGGAGGCAUAAAGAGAACAUCAAUAAAGUUUUUUUUCCUGUAUUUUAAAUUCUCCAA